ACAUGAUCGAGCUGGUUUCCAAGUGUGAAACCAAGAAGAAACUUCCACAGUCACAUAAGGUAUAUCUCUCUCUCCUCUUGAAGAAAUCCAAAAUCUCAAAUAAAAAAAAUUACUUUUUUGACUAACUCAGUAGAGAGAGAGAGAGAAGAUUAGGUUGACUUUUACACAACCACUUGAACAGAAGUCAAGCUGUUGAAAAUUCAACUUCCUCAAUUUCAUCAUUCCUCCUUCAACCUCUGCUUCUCUUCCUUCUCAAUUUCAAACCCUUAAACAAAACACAGAACCCUUUGAUCCGGAAUCAAAAAAGGAGAUCUCUUUUCAAUCAAUCAACCAAAAUGAAACCAACUCAUUUCUCCUACCUUCAAUGUCUCUUGAUGUUUCUUCUUUCGCUAGUCUGUCCAAUCACUGGAGACGCAAGGGCUCGAAAAGUUAACGUCACUUGCUCACCGCAGCUCGAGCACAACGUAACCGUAUACGUCCCCAAUUUCGUAGCCACGAUGGAGAAAAUCAGCCAACAGGUGCAAACCAACGGCUUCGGAGUCGCUCUCACCGGUUCAGGACCAGACGCUAACUACGGCCUCGCUCAGUGCUACGGAGAUCUCCCUUUAAACGACUGUGUCCUCUGUUACGCAGAGGCGCGAACGAUUCUUCCGCAGUGUUAUCCUCAAAACGGAGGUAGAAUCUUCCUCGACGGAUGUUUCAUGAGAGCUGAGAACUACAGUUUCUACAACGAAUUCAGAGGACCUGAAGAUAGCGUCCUGUGUGGGAACACGACGAGAAAGAAGGCGACUUUCGGGGACGCCGUGAGACGAGUGCUGAGAAACGCGGUUGAUGAGGCUCCUGGGAACGGAGGGUACGCUCGUGCGUCUGCAAACGCGGGCCAAUCUGAAGAUUCUGCGUUUGUGUUGGCGAAUUGCUGGAGAAACCUGAGUCCUGCGUCUUGUAAACAGUGUUUGGAGGAUGCUUCUGCUUCCGUGGCCAAACAGUGCUUGCCAUGGUCUGAAGGACGUGCGCUUCACACUGGAUGUUUUCUUAGGUACUCUGAUCAAGAUUUCUUGAAUAAGAUACCAAGAAACGGAAGAUCCAGAGCCUCUGUAGUGGUGAUUGUGGUCUCUGUUCUUAGCUCUGUGGUUGUCUUUAUGGUUGGAAUAGCCAUAGGAGUUUAUAUCUGCAAACACAGAACCAUUCAGAAGAAGAGAAGAGGAUCAAAUGAUGUGGAAAAAAUGGCGAAAACGCUAACAGACAGCAGCUUGAACUUCAAGUACUCAACAUUGGAGAAGGCCACAGGUUCGUUCGACAGCGCGAACAAGCUUGGACAAGGCGGAUUUGGAACUGUCUAUAAGGGGGUUCUUCAUGACGGAAGAGAUAUCGCUGUGAAACGUUUGUUCUUCAACAACAGACACAGAGCAGCAGAUUUCUACAACGAAGUCAACAUUAUCAGCACUGUUGAACACAAGAACCUUGUAAGGCUGCUUGGCUGCAGCUGCUCAGGACCAGAGAGCCUCCUCGUCUAUGAAUACCUUCAGAACAAGAGCCUUGACCGGUUCAUCUUCGAUGUGAACAGAGGCAAAACACUAGACUGGCAGAGAAGAUAUGCAUGGAAGCAUUUUCAGUCAGGAGAUUUGGAGGAAAUAUAUGAUACAAACCUGAACUGGAGGAAUCAGAGUGACAGUAUCAUCAUCAAAAAGGAGAUAGUGAGGGUUGUUCAAAUAGGGCUCUUGUGCACUCAAGAGAUCGCAUCGCUAAGACCAUCGAUGUCAAAGGUGUUGCAGAUGCUAAAGAACAAAGAGGAGAUCUUGCCGUUGCCGAGUAAUCCUCCGUUUAUGGAUGAAAGAGUCAUGGAGUUUCGAGAUGGUUCUGAUGGCGAUUCAGCUGCUUGUGCAUCUCUUGCCACCAUUUCGCAAAGCUCCUUUUACGGUCGAUGAGCCUUUGAAGAGACUGUAUAAGAACAACAGAAACAUCGUUGAGCACAGAUAAAAUUGUUGUGUAUAAAGCAGCGAGAGAAACUUAGCUAGUAUAGAUAUAGAGAUGUGAAAUUGAGUAAUUUGUAUACCCGUAUGAAGAUAUGCAAUGGACGAUAGUAAGUUGGUUUAUGUACUAAUGCACAGGAAACAACAUAAAAAAGAACUAUUCCGUUACAUUUUUUUUUUCCAGAAUCAUACUUAAUCGAGAAGCCUUUCAAAGAUUCA